GGUCCCGGCGCUGUGCUCGCGCCCCCAGCGCGCCAGUCCCCGGGCUGCAGGGAGCGCAGGGCGCGCGGCCCGGGCCCCGGCCACCGGACGCUCUACCGGACACGACCCUCCUCUGGCGCUUGGACAGCUGCCCACCGUGGACUCUGCACCGGACACUGCCCCCCGCAGGGCUGGACACCGCCACGGACACUACUUCCCAGCUCCGGACAUUGCUCCAUCUUUCCCCCUGGGUUCUGGACGCUUUUCCCCCUCCCCCUUCGGGGGCCCAGACACGGAGCCCCCCGCGGGCUCUAGCUAACAAGCCCUGGUCCCCGAGCGCCAGACACUGCCUCCGCCCCGUCCCCUUCUCCCUUCCCCUCCACCCGCCUCCUCUCUCCCCCGGUUCGGGUCGGAGCACCGCCAGGCUUAGGACCCCCUGCAGCUCGGCAGCCGGCUGCCGGCUCCCCCCUCCCCCGGCCGCUCGCCCGGAUGCCUCUCCCCGGGGGACUGUGGUGGCUCCUCUGCUGCCGUCGAGGCUUCACUCUCCUGCACCGGGACUACGGGGACGGCGAGCUCAGCGGGGACGGAGACGAGGACGAGGACGAGGAGACCUUUGAACUGCGGACCCCGAGCCCAGCGGGCGGCGGGAGGGGCCCCUUGGACGUGACGCUGACCCAGCCUGUGAGGAGCGGGCCGAUCUCGGACAGGCUGCAGAGCUGGGAGGAGACGCGGAGCCUCAUCCCGGAGAAGGGGCCGCUGGAGGACGACGCGGAUGUGGUGGUGAAAGGCUGGUUGUACCGGGAGCCGCGCGGACGAGGGGCGCGGCCCUGGCUGCCCCCGCGCCGGGCCUGGUUCGUGCUCACCCGGGACUCCCUGGACCAGUUCAGCGGCAGCGGGCAGGGGGCGCGGCGCCUCGGGAGCCUGGUGCUCACCAGCCUGUGCUCAGUGACCGGCCCGGAGCGCAGGCCCAAGGAGACGGGUCUGUGGCUAGUGACCGUGUCUGGCCGGAAGCACAGCGUCCGGCUCUGCUCCCCGCGUCAGGCCGAGGCUGAGCGCUGGGGGGCGGCGCUGCGGGAAGUGAUCGCCUCCAAGGCGCCGCUGGAGACCCCCACCCAGCUGCUGCUCAGGGACAUCCAGGAGAGUGGCGCGGAUCCAGAGGCCGUGGCCCUCAUUUACCGGCGGAACCCUAUUCUGAGGCACACCAGCGGGGCCCUGUACGCCCCACUUCUGCCCCUGCCCUAUGGAGCCAGCGCCCCAGGUCCGGGCUACGCGCCCCUGCGCGAGGAGGCGGUGCGGCUGUUCCUGGCGCUGCAGGCGCUGGAGGGGGCGCGGCGGCCCGGGCCCCUGAUGCAGGGUGUGCUCCAGACCUGCCGGGACCUGCCCGCGCUGCGCGACGAGCUCUUCCUGCAGCUGGCUAAGCAGACCUCGGGCCCCGCGGGGCCCCCGGGGCUCCCGGCCGCCCGAGACCCCGCGGCCCUGCGCUACUGGCAGCUCCUCACCUGCAUGAGCUGUACCUUCCGGCCUGGGGGCGCCGUGCGGGGGCACCUCCUGGGACACCUGGAGAGGACGGAGCAGGCGCUCCCGGACUCGGAGCUGGCGGAGUACGCGCGCUUCAUCCGCCAGGCGCUGGGCCGGACGCGCGGCCGCGAGCUGGUGCCAUCCCUGGCGGAGAUCUCCGCGCUGAGCCGGCGGCAGGAGCUGCUGUGCACCGUGCACUGCCCGGGGGCGGGGGCCUGCCCGGUGGCCAUAGACUCCCACACCACGGCGGCGGAGGUUGCUCGGGAGCUGGUGGGGCGGCUGGGCUUGGCCCGAAGUCGCAACGCUUUCGCGCUGUACGAGCAGCGAGGGGCCCAGGAGCGAGCCCUGGCCGGGGGGACUCUCAUGGCCGACGUGCUCACCAGGUUUGAGAAUUUAGCAGCGGAGGAAGCCGCGCCGGAGGACCCGCCCGACGCCGGCUGGAAACUGUGUCUGCGUCUCCACGGACCUCUGCGCCCUGAGGGGCUGGCCCCGGACGGCCACGAGCUGCCUUUCCUCUUUGAGCAGGCUCACGCGCUGCUGCUGCGCGGCCAGCCGCCCCCGCCCGACGACACGCUGCGCGCCCUGGCGGCGCUGCGCCUGCAGAGCCUGCACCGCGACUUCUCCCCCAGGGCGCCCCCGCCGCGCCUGGACCGCCUGCUGCCGCCCCCCACCCCGCCCCCGCCGCGGGAGGACCCUCCCCGCCCCAUCCCCAGGCCGCCCCCCUCCGCCGCCCUGCUGGCCGGGGCGAUCUGGAGCUCCGGCCUGGCCAAGAGGCGAGCGGAGCGGGCCCGGCGCAUCGGGGCCGGCCGCCCGGCGGGCAGCGCGGUCCGAGAGGGAGGAGGCAGCGCCGGCAUGGCGGCCGUGCUGGGCAGCUGGAAGCGGCUCCAGGGCAUGGGCCGAGCUGAGGCCAUGGCGGCCUACCUGGCCCUGGCGGCGCAGUGUCCAGGGUUCGGCGCUGCUCGGUAUGAAGUUCUGGAGCUGAGCACGGAGCCUGGUGGGGGUGCUCCCCAGAAGCUAUGCCUGGGCCUGGGAGCCAAGGCCAUGUCCCUCUCCCGACCGGGUGAGACGGAGCCUAUCCACAGUGUCAGCUACGGUCACGUGGCCGCCUGCCAGCUAAUGGGCCCACACACCCUGGCGCUGAGGGUGGGGGAGAGCCAGCUCCUCCUGCAGAGCCCCCAGGUGGAAGAGAUCAUGCAGCUGGUGAAUGCCUACUUGGCUAACCCCUCCCCUGAGAGGCCCUGCAGCAGUCCUCCUCCUUCAUGCCAAGACCUGCCAGACAUCUCCUCUCCCAGCCAGCACCCCGGCCUGGACGAGCCCCAGGGACACUCUGGCUGUUUGGGGCAGCUGCAGAAAUGAGCCUGCCAAGAGGUCACGACCUCCCUUCCAUCUCCAGCCUGGAUCUGGACUGCUCUGAGAUCUGAGGGAACCAUGGACCCUUUUCGCCCUGCAGGGACAGGGCCUACCCCACACCAAAGGGCUGCAAUGGGUGCAAUUUUCUAGUUUGUUUCUUAAUUUAUUUGUAGAAGAGAAGCAAAAAAAAAAAAAAAAAAAAAAAAAAAAUCCUUAUUUACACAAACCCUUCCUGUGGGAGUUUGUCAGUGGACAAGUUGGAGCUCCAAGGCUCAGAGCUCCACCUCUGGGGACGCCCACACUCUGGGCUUUUACCAGCACUGAGGGAAGUCUGGAUACCACAGGGCUCCACCCUCUGUGACUGCCUGGAUUUAACCCUUUCGUGGCCAGUAUGCUGCCACUGGGCACUGGGUGGGGCGGAUAAGAGGGCAGUUGUGGAAGCUGGCAGUUACUCUCUCCUCGCCAAUGAGUGCACAGAGGUGGCCUCCUGGUGUCCCGGAGGCCAGAGGGCGGUGAGUCAUCAGGACUAGCACUGCCCAGUGCGUGAAAGGCCUGUUGCUUUGGGCCUGGAAUGGAGAGAACCCUGGGGCAGGAUUAGACCCAGGAUCUUCUGUGGCACAGAAAGAGCUUGUCAGGACUCCUGAGAUCUGUGGCUGCUUUAUCAGAUCAGAUUGAACAGGGUUGAUUUCCUGAGGAUCUGAUACCCUGGGGCACUGGGAAACUAGAGUCCCAGAUUUCCUGUCCUACUAUGGGCCAUCUUUCCAUAGUCCUUACAGCCUCAUCCCUGAGUAAAGGAAGCUGGGGCAACAGCCUAGAAAUAGGCUGUUCUAGGCAAAGGAUGUUAACGGUAGCAGACACGCUAAGACCUGGACUAAUGGUAAGAAGGUAGAGCAGGUAAAGGUCUCCCUAACCCACGUACCUGGGCAUUGGGAGGGAACACGGAGGGCCCUUCCUCAUCCCUAUAGUGAUAGGCCGAAACCUGAUUAUAUUCACAACCAAGCUUUAUUAUUUUAUUAGAUGUAAACAAGCAUAUCAAGGGUUAGGGCAUGGGAGAGGGAGCAGGGCUAGCUUCUGGGCCGGAGAGGAACCCUCAAAGGGUUGCUGGUGAAGGGAAGGUGGGUGAAGGGAAGGUGGGACAGAGGGACCGCCAUGAUGGGAACGGUGCUUACUCUCCAGGGGGCGGAGGGAGGAAGUCACUGCUCCUGGGUGCCCCAGGAGAUGUAGUCUGGUUGCAUAGCUGUAUGGUACUCAUCGAUGAGCUCCUGCACAACCGCCCUGGAUCUGUCCAGUUCAUCGAAGUUCUCCUUGAAGAUGUCCUCCUUCCGGAACUGCUCCAGGAAGGCCUCCCGCUUCCGCAGCUUGUCGUACUGCUGGCAGGAACUUUCAAACAGCUGGAAGAGGGAGAUCUCCAUGAUGGGAGCCAGUGCAGGGUGGGGAGGUUGGAAUGGAUGGGGAGAGAAUGACAAAGGGGCUAGUGGAACAGCGGCCAAAGACCAGGAGACUAGCCUCACCGAGGAGAUGCUGGUGUGGUUGGCCAUCAUGAGCCCGCUGACCCGGUGGGCGGAGGGCAGGUAGGGAGACUUCCUGGACAGGGCCACCUGGAUGCUGGCUGGGCCCCAGGGGAUGAAGUUGGCCAGCU